UACAACUUUCUGCUUCUCUUCGCCGCGCAAAUACGAAGCUCUUUUUUUUUUUGUCGUGCUGAGUUGAAGUAAAACGAGAGUGGAUGCCAGCGAGGACGACAAAGUGCACCGACGCCUCUGAAGAAGACUGACGAGUCCCACAGGAGCAAACUGCAGCCGUGGAAAAGUUAUUGUUCGCGGCGCCCCGUGGGGUUUAAAGUUCAGCUAGCGACACGAGCUAGUAGCAGGUAGUUAGCUUCUUAUCUUCACCUGUUAGUCGGCUCACAAUGGCAGCUGUGUGCCAGCCGCGACGUGUCCUGGUGGAAAUACCUGCACCACAGCCCAAAAUUGCAGCCCGAAUGAGGAGGUCUUACUUGGAAAUUCUAAGUGCACGUUUGGCUCCAUCUCCACUUCCAAGAGGGAGAAACGCAGCUCCAAAGCGUGUACAGUCAUUGGACUUGUCCAUUGGCGGCGUGUGGAGAGGAGGCAUCGAAGAGCAUUGCGAGAAGAUGGACGAGCACCAUACACCGCUCUCCAAUCAGCAGCUUGUACAACUAAUCAGAUCCCUUAUUUCAGUUGAACAGAGCCAAGAGCCCAGGACCAUGGCUUCAGACCUGAAAUAUAUUCAGGAAGACCUGCAGCUAAAGAAGGCAAAUGUUUACAGGUCCAUACCGUACUCGCGGUUUGGCUCCAACAGGGACGCUCACUGCUACAGGAAGGCCUAUCCUCAUCUGGUGGCGUUCAAAGUUUCGUGUCAGGAGUGGGGCCAAGUUCUUCUGAGGAACAAAGAGUGGGACGCCGUGUUGGAGCACUCGUUGAUGGCGUGGCGAUACACCAGCGAGUUGCCGCAGUGGGACACGGCGAACCACAACGCUCUCCGGGAACAGUGUUACAGCAUCCUGGCAGCCCACAGCCUCACCGCUCUCAAGCACUACGAACCAAACCGAGGACGCGAGCUGCUCAGAAGGUUGAAGAUGGCUCAGCUGCAUAGCCAGUCAAUUGUUCCCUGUAUUCAGGAGUUGCAGAGGAUUAUGGGAUGCUGCGAUGACUCAUCCAUGGAUACAAAAUGAUACGAGAAAGCACCUCAGCAGCUGGAUUCAGCCCAGUGAAAAGUGUGCUCAGUGAUUUAUGUGUGUUAAUGGGCCAACCAAAACAUUUUACAUGGUUGUGUUUGUUUGGAGAAAAAAAAGAAAACCCCACUCCAGUAUUCUUCCAAAGGGCACGGCCGCAAGUGCAAAAUGAAUAAGUGGCA